CCUUCGUAAGGCUCUGAGGACAAUCAGCAGUCGUGUAUGUGGACAAAGUGGGCGAGAGCAACACCAUGGUAUAACAGUGACUUUUUGUACCCAGAGAAGGCUGUUUGAGGACAGCAGGUUUUUUAAAACGCAAUCUCCCAUCAGGCUGAUUAAAAACAGCUAAGGUUAUACAUUCAGAUUCCUACAUAUGCAUUCAGAAGCAAAGACUGCUUUCUGUUUGUCUGCAAUUUCACUGGUCAGUGCUACCAAUCAAGGGUGGAACAGAGAGAGCGUCGUACCACCAGUCUGUUACUAAAGGGUGAAGUUACUAAGGUCACUACAAUAAAUAUUCCUAAUGCUAUUGAUCACUUACCGUUGAGUGCAUCUGGCAUAAAAAUGGAGGAUGGAAGACCCCCUCAAAGCACCUUUGACUCCGUCUGCGUGACUUUCUUACUCUGUGGAACAAAAAGACAAAACCACUGACCCUCCACAAGGCUGAGAAGCGGAUCAACAGCUUGCCAUGUUGCCACAUUUCCUUGCCUGUGCUUUGACUUAAUUUGGACAAAAGCUUUUAAGUCCAGCAAUUUGUCUCUUUGCAGAGAUUUUGUGACUUUGUUUAUUUUUGUCCCGCAGCUGUUUAAAUAGCAAGUGUGGCGAAUGUAGUAUUUUCCCUUUUGUUACAUGUAAUUUCUGUUUUACGGUUGGCUAAUGAGUACUUCUGUAUAAAUUAUUUUUUUAAACGAUCUGUGCUUUACUUCAUGUAUGGUGAGGUGCUAUGGGAUCAUACUAGUAUUUGGUACUAUUGUCAUUAUUACUACUACUACUAUUAAAGUCUGGUCACAUCAGAAAGUGGCAACACCUAAUUCAUGCUGACACGUGGAUGGUAAAGUUAAUCAAGGUGGUGCUAGAAGCUUGAUGCUGCAGUGCCCACUCAUAAGGCUAGCACAGGUACAAAAUUAGCACCAACUACCAGCCAGUUGACGGUAAAAUAUGCAUGUGGCUGGUAGCUUUGCUUCACUCACCAGCCAAAAGAAAAGGUUAUCUAGUGAGUGCCUGGUAAAAUUUGAACAUUCACUAGCCAUUUGGCUGGUGGACAAAAAAGAUAAAGUUGCACCCUGCUAGCUACUGUAAGCUACUGUAGCUGAUGAGCUAACGGCCAACAUGCUAGCCAGCCGGGAACCAGGUUACACCCCACCAGAGCUGGGUUACAUGCUAGUGGGUUUCUCUCAAACUAUUAUCUUUUUUAAAUGCUGGGGUUGCCAGGCAUUUUUAACUGUUUUCCUAAGCCACAUCAUCAGGUUUUGGACUUCCUGUCUUGCAAGAAGCAGCCAUUGGUUUCACUUAAUUGUACACUACUAGCAGACACUUGAAACAUAUUUCACUGGAAACAUUUAGUCAUAUUAGAAAAGUUAGCUAAUUUCAGGGUAAGUAGCAACCUUUCUAGUGCAAGGAAAAAUGUGUUUUAUAAAAUGUAAUAAAGUGCCUGUGAUGAAGUCCUCCAAGGCUGUCAUAUGCCUUUUACUCAAGAGUGGCUUCUGUAGUCUCACUCUGAUAGAGUGCUGCAGAGAGGGCCAUUCUUCCGGCAGGUUCGCCCAUCUCUGCAGAGGCAACCCGCAUUCUCUCCCAACUCGUAAAAUGCGGCGUUAUGGCUCUCAGCGUCAGGUACUGACUCAAAAAUCUCACUAGUGUCUGUUUGGAACGCACCACGUAUAGCAACAGCUCUGAAUAUAGCUAGCUGGUAGUAUGAAAGACCAAAAGGGGGCAGGUUGGAGCUGUGGAUGGAUCAAACAGCACAGGAGUUUCACCCAAGAGAUAUGUCCAGUUCUUGUCCUGCGUGUCACUGAAACAUAAUUUGUAACCCCAAGCACAUCUAAAUGUGACGUUGAAGGCAUUGACGCUAAAGGACAGUUUUUGCGUUAGUAAUAAAUGCCAAGCAUCACAUUUUGACGUGCUAGGAGUGAGAACGGGCAGAGGACUUUCAAAGCUCUCUUAGAGCAACCUUUGGGUUGUUGGUCACCUGCCUGACUAAGGCUUUUCUUCCCUGGUUAUUCAGCUUGGCCAAGCAGCCAAAUCUAGGAAGAGACUUACGGCCAUUUAUAAAACUUGUUACGCAAGAAAAAGUUGCAUGAAGCAGAGUGAAAUUUGCGGUCGCAACAUUGAGAUAUUUGAACAUUCCAAUCCUCCUCUACUGUUCUGCAUACUUUACCAGUGCCUCUAAAAUCAUUGCUUCCCUGCUCCCAACAUCCCAGCCCUCACUGACACUGCCAUCACACAAAGCACUCACCAUAGCACACGACCCUAGCCAGCCUCUGAACUCGUGCUUCAUUUUACUUCCAUCAGGAUCUCUGAUCUGUAAGCUUGGUGCCCUCUGCCAUUACUGCCCUCAACAAACUGAAGCAAUAAAACUCAAUGGACUCAUGUUCUUGUAAGUGUUACUUGUGGCUAUGCUUUUUUGUCUUUUGUCUUAUCUAUCUCUCUAUACAUAAUGCAUUCUCUGGAAACAAAGCUACCCAACCACUACGUUUUUUUUGGUAAAGAAAUGCAGAAUGACAGUAAAAUAAAUUAAUAAACUAUCUGUCUUGGACUCAUGACCUCAUUUCUUAAAGUCUUGGGGCUGCCCUGACAGUUAAUGGUUUCACCGUAGACUCUCUCACAUCAUUGUAUUGACAGGAAAAUUCAGUGCCCCCCAGUCUCUCUCACUCAUGCAGGCUUUGGGUAAUUACAUUCAUAAUUGGAAGUGUGGCAUUUUGAUUCAUAAAACCCAGCUCUCAUCUUGCUGAGUUCUGCUCCAGUGAGCAAGGUGCAAACACAUCAAUAUUCCCACAGAAGGGGGAAUAUAACUCCGCAUAUCGAUGGUGACAGCAAGAGCUAAUGCACAUUAGUCAAUAACGAAUGCUGAAGAUACAACAUGUGUAAUUGAAAAACUACUCCGGUAAGCUGAAAGUGCUUAUGGCAGCUGUUUUAAUUCAGAAGUAUUUACAGUACACUACAGCUCUCAUUGAAAGGAGCUGAAUCGAUCGAUGGCUCCGUUCAUUCACUCUUCUCAACGCCCCCGUUCAAACAACGCAUUGGCGUGACCUAUUGCUGCUGGCAUCAUGAAGGAGAGCAGAGCGCAGAGGGUUCACCACCCCAGAGGAUAUAAAUACAGGGAGAGGGCAAGUAUCUUGAACCUUUUACUUUCUCAUCCUUUCUGCUGGACACCGGGCUCACAGGAUCUCCGACACCAUGAAAGGUUUGAGGACAAUCACUUUAACUUAUGUCGGCCUACUCACCCUUUUACUGCUGGCCUCAUUUAUCUCGCAGUCGUGGAGCGCACCCAAGGGCUCUUUCCAACGGAGAAACUGGACCCCGCAGGCAAUGCUGUACCUCAAGGGCACUCAAGGACGAAGAUUCAUCUCAGAGGACCGAAAAGAAGGCGAUGUCUACGACACAUUACACUUAGAGACUCGCAGUCGAAACACAGAGAAGCUGAGCGUGGACCAGGCGGCCACUGUCCUGCUCAACUUCCUGCAGCAGGCCCGAGAGGCAGCCGAUGAAAACCGAGAUGAGGUGUAUAUUCAGGAGCUGCCAGUGUGGAAGAGAGAAUACUUCUGAUCAUCUUUCAUACAUUUCUAAAGCUGAUAGAAUCAAAAACAAAGAUGUGUUGUCUAAGAUUAUGUAAGGGAGAAGAGCAGCUGUUUUGUAAAUAUGAAUUCUCUAUGUUUGAAAUGUG